AUCAAUUCAACGUCAUUCUGAGCGUAUAAAAUUCCGCGGGCCAGCCUUGCACACACACACACACACACAAACACGGCCCGCACGUGUGACAACAAAAGUCGUACCACGCAAAGUAAAAUAAGGUCAUUCCAUUGUGCCUGCAUUCUUGGGGCUGUUGUGCAGAAAAAAAGCAAAAAACAAAAAGGUACCUGCAAAAGAGCGCGCGCCAGAGAAACCAUCUUCUUGAGCACUUUCACACCCAUUGCCAGAAUGGGUAACAUGCAACACCUCUUGCCGGACGUGCAUGCAUCUCUCUCCAACAUGUUCUUCACGCAAACCCAAUGGGACGGCCUUAGCACACUCGUCGCACUCAGCAUCCUCAGCCUGGCAGCUCUCUACAUCCGCAAGGACUACUGCGCCUUCAUCUCGCUGGGCCCCGGCGGCACGCCCUCGACACCGCUAGGCUAUGUCAAGAUCAAGCUGCUGUCUCUCAUCUGCCUGCGAGACCCGCUUCGCCCGCUCGCCAUUCCACCACACUUCCGCCCGCAAACAGGCUAUCUGACCGACGAUGCGCUGUCGCCGCGUCCAGGCACGAGGCCCGUGAUCCGCGGCAUUGCGCCGCAGCGCCAGCAGACGCAGAUCAGCAGCGCCGCCAUCUACGCCAGCCUCGUGCAGAGAAUCAAGGCGCUGGCCAGCGAGCCCCGGAACAGGCUGGCCGAGCGAACGAGCUGCUUUGAGAAGCAUAGCUCGGGCCUCUUCACCAGCGUGCCCAUUACCAGGACGUGCGGAGGCGAAGUCUGUCACGCGCACCCCAGCGACGGCUCCAUGCAUAUGACGCUGCACCCCGCAGACGCCAACCUGAUGAUUGCCAAGGGCUGGGGCGAGCGCCAUCCGCUGGCCAGAGGCGGCUGGUGCAGGAAGUUUGUGCCUCGCGAGUUUGUGCUGGUGUAUGCGCCCCGGGACGAGCAAGAGGUCGAGGUGGUAGCCAAGUUGAUUGCCGCAAGCAUCUGGUGGGUUAGCGGCAUGGACAUCAAUGGCGAUGUCGACGGCCCCAGGCGGAAGAGCGCCGAUGUGGCUGGCCUUGGAGACGACAUCAAGGCCGCCCAGUGCUGGGCCUGCAGGAUGAAUGCGUGUGGAGGGAACAAGGUGGAGCAGAUGACGAGCGAGGCGUAAGAGGG